AUGUUGGAGAGAAGAGACCCGAAGACGGGCCAAACCCCCCUAAUGCUCGCUUCUCGACACGGCCACCACGAAAUUGUUUCAAUCCUUUUAGCGGCCGGAGCCAAUUAUGACAGUGUCGACUUUGAGGGCUGGUCAUCGUUGAAAGCAGCAUCGUGGGGCGGUCAUUUAGAGUGCGUGAGACUACUUCUAGAAGUUGGAGCAGAUGCAGAUAAGUGCGACGUUGGAGGACGCUCGCCGCUAGGUGCUGCCUGCUGGUGUGGCCACGAAGAUAUCGUCAAGCAGUUAUUA